UAUACCAACACGCAGAUGCCAGGCGAGGAGAAGAGGACCAGACCGAGUCUGGUAGAUCUCCACUGCUACAUGAUGGUAAGGCACUCCCAUCCUCUGAACAACCCAAUUAGACCCGAUGAUGAACUUGGCAAAGAAAGGGAGGCUGGGUUGAGCAUCAAUAAACUUGGAGAAGAACCUGUCCGUUUUGGCUGGAUAAAAGGUGUUAUGAUCCGAUGUAUGUUAAAUAUCUGGGGUGUUAUCUUGUAUUUGCGAUUGUCAUGGAUUACAGCACAAGCUGGAAUAGCUUUAACAUGGUUAAUCAUCAUUAUGUCCGUAAUUGUAACCAGCAUUACAGGUCUGUCCAUAUCAGCAAUAUCUACAAAUGGCAAAGUCAAAUCAGGUGGUACAUAUUUUCUUAUCUCGAGGAGCCUUGGCCCAGAACUUGGAGGCUCCAUUGGUCUCAUCUUUGCUUUUGCAAACGCGGUGGCAGUUUCCAUGCACGUUGUUGGCUUCGCUGAGACUGUGAAAGAUCUCCUUGUUGAGUACAAUGCAACAAUUGUGGACCCCACAAAUGAUAUACGGAUUAUCGGAGUCAUAACAGUGACAGUGCUCCUUGGAAUUUCACUGGCUGGAAUGGAGUGGGAAGCAAAGGCACAGGUUGGCUUCUUCUUUGUGAUGUUGAUUUCCUUUGCAAACUAUAUUGUGGGGACGUUUAUCCCAGGAUCGCAAGAAAAACAGGCCAAAGGCUUUUUCGGCUAUAGAGCUGAUAUAUUUGCCCAGAACUUUUUGCCUUGCUGGCGAAGUGACUCGUCCUUCUUUGGCAUGUUUUCCAUUUUCUUUCCCUCUGCAACUGGCAUCCUGGCAGGUGCAAACAUCUCUGGCGACCUGAAGGACCCUGCUGUAGCCAUUCCAAAGGGAACUCUGUCAGCCAUUUUUUGGACAGCCUUUUCCUACCUUGUAAUUUCUGCUACCAUUGGAUCUUGUGUGGUACGUGAUGCCUCUGGUAGUCUCAAUGACACCAUUCUUGUCGGUUCAACGGAUUGUGAGGGCAUUGCCUGUGGUUAUGGAUGGAAUUUCACUGAAUGCACUCAGGCUGGUACUUGUACUUAUGGACUCAUUAACUACUACCAGACUAUGAGCCUAGUGUCUGGAUUUGCCCCUUUGAUUACAGCUGGAAUCUUUGGAGCUACGCUUUCCUCUGCACUUGCCUGCCUUGUGUCUGCCCCCAAAGUCUUCCAGCGUCUGUGCCAGGACAAUCUGUAUCCUGGUAUUGGUUUCUUUGCGAAGGGUUACGGGAAGAACAACGAGCCCAUUUACAGUUACCUCCUCACUUAUGCCAUCGCUAUUGGUUUCAUUCUCAUAGCGGAACUGAAUAUGAUUGCUCCAAUCAUCUCCAACUUCUUCCUGUGCUCAUAUGCACUCAUCAAUUUUAGCUGCUUCCAUGCUUCACUUACCAAUUCUCCAGGUUGGCGACCUUCAUUCAGAUAUUACAACAAGUGGGCCUCCCUGUUUUGUGCAGUAGUUUCUGUGGUUAUCAUGUUUUUACUGAUGUGGUGGGCAGCCCUCGUAGCUAUUGGUAUUGUUGCCUUCCUCCUGGCAUAUGCCUUGUACAAAAAGCCUGCUGUAAAUUGGGGGUCGUCUGUUCAAGCUGGUUCCUAUAAUAUGGCCUUGUCCUAUUCUGUGGGACUUAAUGAAGUGGAAGAUCACAUUAAAAAUUACAGGCCUCAGUGCUUGGUUCUUACUGGUCCUCCCAACUUCCGUCCAGCACUGGUAGAUUUUGUGGGGACUGUCACCAAAAACCACAGUCUGAUGGUGUGCGGGAAUGUGCUGAUUGGUUCACAUAAAGGAAAGGCAACUGGAGUAACCUCAGAUGGACACACCGAGUGGCUGACAAAGAGGAAGAUCAAGUCCUUUUAUGCAGACGUGGCUGCAGAUGAUUUACGGAGUGGAACACAAAUGCUAAUGCAGGCUGUAGGUCUUGGGAGGAUGAAGCCCAACGUGCUUAUGAUGGGAUUUAAAAGCAACUGGCAAUCUGAUCAGCCACAGAUUGUGGAUAACUACAUUGGUAUUAUCUAUGACUCUUUUGACUUGAAUUAUGGUGUAUGUGUGAUGAGAAUGAAGCAGGGCUUCGAUAUUUCGAGAAUGAUGCAAGCACACGUGGACUCCAGUACAGUCGUUGCUCAGCAGACCAGUACCAUUUUCCAGUCGGAGCAAGGCAAAAAGACCAUUGACAUCUAUUGGCUGUUUGAUGACGGAGGCCUCACUCUUUUAAUCCCAUAUUUGCUCACUCGCAAGAAGAGGUGGCGCAGUUGCAAGGUUCGUGUAUUUGUGGGAGGUCAGAUUAAUCGUAUGGAUAAGGAGAAGGAGGCGAUGAUUACUCUCUUAAACAAAUUCCGCCUUGGUUUCCAUGAGGUACAUAUCCUGCCAGAUAUCAACGCGAGCCCACGUCCUGAACACUUAAAGAGAUUUGAAGAUCUGAUUGCUCCCUACAGACUGAAUGAUGGCUUCAAGGAUGAAGCUAUUGUUAAGGAGCUCAGGAAAGAUUGUCCUUGGAAGAUCUCCGAUGAAGAGAUUAAGAAGAACAAGAUAAAAUCACUCCGACAAGUGCGACUGAACGAGAUCUUGUUGGAUUACUCCCGUGAUGCUGCGCUUGUAGUUGUUACAAUGCCUGUCGCAAGAAAGAAUACAUGCCCGAGCACACUGUACCUGGCAUGGCUGGAGACCCUUUCUCAGGACCUGCGUCCCCCUGUCCUCCUAAUCCGAGGAAACCAGGAAAACGUCCUGACGUUCUACUGUCAGUAACACUGGCUCAAGGACUGAUCAUGCGUUCACACUAACAUAUGUUUGGACUAAGUAUUUGCACCAACAAUUAA